GCGUCCUCAGAAAACAAAGAACCGCAAAAGUAUAUCAACCAAUACCUUUCGACAAAGAAAGCACGAACACAAGAGAAGAAAGAGAGAGAAACACUGAUAGACUAGUUCAAAGUGCAAAGUGCAAAGUCACAACUCACAAGUGCCAACCCUCUUCCUCUUCUUCUUCUUCUCCUCUUCUCAUAACCCAAAACAUUCCCUAGUCUCCAAACUUCAGGAUUUCGCCAAAUGGAAUUCGAGGAUCCGGAGGAGCAAGAGGAAGAGCUUUGUAUGGCAGGUGGAGCCAGUUACGACUCGCUGCCCAACCCGACUCGGAUGAAGAUGCCAGGUGGGGCGGAGGUUAUGGCGGCGACGCCGGUCAGGAGCACCAGCAACGGCGCCGGCGCCGGAAAGGCGAGGUACAGAGAGUGUCUGAAGAAUCACGCCGUCGGGAUCGGCGGCCAUGCCCUCGACGGCUGCGGCGAGUUCAUGGCGGCGGGGACGGAGGGAACUCUGGACGCGCUGAAAUGCGCCGCCUGCAACUGCCACAGAAACUUCCACCGCAAGGAGCACCACCCGCCUCCGCCGCCGCAGUUCGCGGCGUACUACCGGACGCCGGCGGGGUACCUGCACGUGGGAGGGCAGCACCGCGCGGCGGGGACGCUGGCGCUGCCGUCGACCUCCGGUGGCGGCGGGACGCAGAGCACUCGGGAGGACCAGGAGGACGUUUCGAACCCGAGUGCAGGAGGAAGCGGUUCGAAGAAACGGUUCAGAACGAAGUUCACAUCUGAACAAAAGGACAAAAUGCUGGACUUGGCCGAAAAACUAGGUUGGAGGAUUCAGAAACACGACGAGGCUGUGGUCCAAGCCUUCUGCAACGAAACCGGCGUUAAGCGUCACGUUCUCAAGGUUUGGAUGCAUAACAACAAGCACACUCUCGGUAAGAAGCCCUAGGAAUGAAAACCAAACAAGAAACAAAUUCACCUGCAUCUAUUUCUUCUCUCUCUUCCACCUUACUUUCACUAGCUAGCUUACCCAAAUCCUUAGGGUUUCUAUUUCUUUCUCCUUUUAUUAUGGGUGGGGCUGUGUUUAAUUUCUGCUUCUGUUAGUGUUUGAGGAUGUAGAUGUAGGUAAGGUUCUGGUUCCACCCCGAUUAAUUAGCUAGAGCGAAUUAUUAUUGCUGAAUGCUGAUGGUGAUUGUCAUGGACUAAUUUUAUUUUUAUUUCAGUGCCAAAAUCAGAUUUUGAGUACUCUAUGUCUUUUUUCUCGUGGUACAUCUUCCAGUGCUAGCGUAUUUUUUGCAGUUUGUUACAAUGGUGACGCGUUUGGAACCUUUUUUUCGCGUCCAAGAUAUCAGCUGUUAUAAGAUAUGAAGGUGAUGACGAUUGACGAGACGACGAGGCUUAAAAUAAGUGACAUCUAGUUAAUUUGUUUGUCUAUAGUGAUAUGAUGUUCUACAUCCUUAGACACUUGUAGGAACUAGGAACCUUCAAUGCUUUCUAACUCACCUGCAUUUUCCGUU